CCAGUUACCCUCUGGGCACCCAGCAGGACAGUGUUAAGGGAACGAGGGCCACCCCUCCCAGCCUGAUCUGCAGAGCGUCCUCUAGCCAAUGGCUCCACCUCCAGGAAGCCCUCCUGGAGCGCCCUGACCACAAGUCACCGCCUGCCAUCCUCCCUGCCAGCCUCCUGCUCUGUCUUGCCUCGACUCCUGGGAAAGGACCUUUCAUCGGGACUUUUGGUGCGGCGCCUCCGAGGUGGCAACACGUAGUUGGGUGCUGCAGACAGGAAGAGUCUUGGCGGCCUGCUGUGAAAGGGGGUCCUGCCUUUUGCUUGUCGCUGGGUCUGCGGUGGGCGGGAUGGCAAAGAGCAUGGCCCUGGGGCUCCUUCUGCUCCCCGUGCUCCUGGCCCUUGUCUGCAACCUGCCCAGGGCCCUGGCCACCCAAGAGGUGCAGCAGUCGCCCUCCUACAUCAUCGCCCCAGAGGAGGGCUCCAUCAAUAUCACCUGCUCCACCAGCGGGCCCCUGCUCGGGGUCUACCUGAAGCAAAGCUGGCCGAAGCCCACCAAUGUGAUUUACUAUGAGGAUGAGAGGGAGCCCACCGUGGAUGAGUGGUUUGGGAGCCGCAUUGCCUUCUCGGGGCCACAGCACAACUUGACCGUCACCAUGCACCACCUGCAGAUGGCCGACACUGGCAUCUACACCUGCCAGGCCGUCAUGGAGAACGUCAUGGAGAUCUGGGGCCCCGGCACCUUGGUCGUCGUGACAGACAACCUGUCCCAAGUAGUGAACACAUGCCAAGAGGCUCAGCUGAUACACCCUGCCCUCCCCACAGCCCUGGCUGCAGGCUUCCUCCUCAUCGGGCUGGGGCUGGGGGCGGUGUGUGUGCUGAGGAGGACCCAGAUCAAGAAACUCUGCUGGGCAAGGGAUAAGAACUCUGUGUGUGUGGUGUAUGAAGACAUGUCCUACAGCCGUCGCAACACAGUGUCCACCCCCAACCAGUACCAGUGAGACCUGUGAGCCCCUCAGGCCUCCCUUUGCCUGGGUGGAGCUCCGAGAAGAUGGGCUAACCCAGCGCUGACAUGCAGGCAGCUCCCCGCAGCAAUCAGGCUCCCAGCACCUCCUCCAGGAAGCCUUCCUUGGCUGUCUCAUGCCCUCAGGCUGCCCUGCUCUCCCUGCCCAGCUGCCCCUGGCACCUUGGAGCCACCAGGGAGAAAGCCUCUUUGUCCUGCUGCAGCCAGGGGCAGCAGGCAGUCUGAUGCGGGGUCGGGUGGGGGUAGCCAUUGCCAGAAAUAAAGUGCUUCU